AUGCCACACAUACAAUGCCCGAAACGGAACGCAGACGGGCAGACUUACGACGACGACUCGACACGACCUGCCUCUGCGCAGAGCAGCUUGCUAUCGACCCCAAAUGCUGCUCGCUUUCCGCUCGAAAUCUUCGAGGUCGUCAUCGACGAAAUGAACAACUACACGUUGCUUGCAGCGGCGCGGGUCUGCGCAGCGUGGUACCCUCGAGUCAUGCGCAACCUCUACCACACCGUCGAUAUCACCAGACGCAGACGCUUCGACAUGUUGUUCAAGCAGUGUCGCGCAUCUGCGCAUGUCAAGCAGUGGCUCGCAACUACGCGCGAGCUGCGAGUCACGGAUGGUACUACUUCCAUGGCUGCCGGUGGCAGAAAUUAUCGCUUUCUUCACGCACUCCCUCCUGCCCUUGGCCACGCGAUGUCCGGAGUACAGCGUCUCGCCAUCAGUGGGCUGCGCAGUGACGUGCACGCGACAUUUUUCCCUGCCCUAUCACAGUCCUCGUCUGUCGAGUCACUGGCACUGUCCGAGUGUUGCCUGAACCUCUCACAGCUUCGGCGGAUCAUAUAUACCUUCCCCAUGCUUACAACACUCACACUAGAAGAUAUUCAAACCGCUCCGCACGACAUUGUCAGCCCUGUGGGGGCUACAUGCUUUCGCUCGCCAUUGGACAUACAUCUGCGCCGUCUUCAUAUCACUGCGCACCGGAAACCCAAUUUCAUCGACUGGAUAGCGCAGUCAGGCCUCUGCAUCUCCCUCGAGGAUCUGACAGUCUGGGUCCAUGAAGAAUCCUCGCGGCAAAGCGUGAGCGCACUCCUCAAAACCGCAGGGUCUUCCUUGACUCGGUUACAGUCUCACUAUGUCCACGGCGACCUUGUGCAGAAUAUCGUUCUGCGAUCCUUGGAUCUCCAUCUCAAUGAUGUCCGCCUCACGGUAGAAGAUCAGGGGCGCAACACGAACGAACUAGCGAACCAGUUACACGGCGUCCUUACCACUAUCCGAAGCCACCAGCUCGAGCGCAUCGAGCUCGCGACAUCUCACCUUGCAUCCGACCUCGAGCGCGUCGAUCUACGGGCCCUGCACGAGGCCACAAGCCAGCCGCACUUUCACGCGCUGAAGGAUGUCAACGUGCAGAUGGACAUGUGGGGUCUGAAGGGCCAUACCAAGGCUGAGGUCGAGGACUUCGGCCGGAAGCUCGAGGCCAUGUUUCGGGGGUUGCUCCGGCCGUGGUCUGACUGCGGUAUAAUCAAGCGCCUCACCUAG